AAAAAGAAACUCAAGAUAAAUAAAGCACCUCAGCAUAAGUCCAAGCCCAAGAGGCCUGUCAAGAAUUCAUUUCCGAGAAACUGAUAAGACUGAACAUAUUAUGUUAGCUCAACAAUAGAGAUUCCCUCUGGUCUUAUGUCACCAAAAAACAAGUCCAUUAUGUUCAAUACACUAAUCAGUGUACUCUGUCGCUGUCACUGUCUCUGUCUCUGUCUCUAUCUCUAUCUCUGUCUAGGUAUGCGUCAACUUGUCUUACAUCUGAUUGUUGAGGAGCAAUAAUUGCAUUUCUUGAUGCUAUAUCUUUCUCGGUUCUUUAUCCACUUCAGUUUUCUGCGUUCUUUUCUUGGAACUUUCCUAAAACCCUAAAACCCCGUCUGCUGAUGUCAAGUGAAGUGGUCAUCACUUUCAAUUUCCGUGAUUUUUCUCUACUUACAGCGUUCCCUUUUUGAAGGUAAACAAUUCAUUUUCUCUUCUUUUUAGUUCUCUUCUUUUUUCUGUUCUUUGUUCAGUAUCAUUUUCUUUAUAGCCAUGAUAUCAAGCAAUCAAGAUUGGCAAGAAGCCAUACCAUGAUUUUGGUUUACACUACCAGUUCUUGAAUAACUUAGAGAUUUGAGUUACAGUAGUUGAGAGUGCAUCUAGAUUUUACUUAAGUGUAAUUAAUGACUUCAAUACAAUCAAAGAGCAUAUGGGUGAGGAGGCAGCAAUGCCCUUGUGGGGAUUGGAAAUGUUACAUAACUCAUGAAGGGGAUUCGGAAGAAACAGAAAUGGCAUCCCAGUUGGUAAAGAAUAACACUUUUCAAUCUGAGGCUAUGGUUGCACCAUAUGUAGGAAUGGUAUUUAAGAGUGAUGAUGAUGCCUUUGAGUAUUAUGGAAAUUUCGCUAGGAGAAAUGGUUUUUCCAUUAGGAAAGAAAGGUCUAGAUUGAGCCCUCAGUUGGGUAUAUAUAAGCGUGAUUUUGUUUGUUAUCGUUCUGGAUUUGCGCCAGCUAGGAAAAAGCCUAGUGGGGAGCACCAUAGAGAUAGGAAAUCAGUGCGGUGCGGAUGUGAUGCAAAAAUGUAUUUGUCGAAGGAAGUUGUUGAUGGGGUAUCUCAAUGGUUUGUCGUGCAAUUCAGUAAUGUACAUAAUCAUGAACUUUUGGAAGAUGAUCAAGUGCGGCUUCUUCCAGCAUACCGGAAAAUUCAAGAGGCUGAUCAGGAGAGGAUUCUAUUGCUUUCAAAAGCUGGGUUUCCAAUACAUCGUAUUGUGAAGGUGUUGGAGUUGGAGAAGGGUAUUCAAGGUGGACAAUUGCCUUUUCUGGAGAGGGAUGUUAGGAAUUUUGUUCAAAACCGCAAGAAAAUUGUUCAAGAGACUGAUGCUUUACUUACAGAAAAAAGAGAAAAUGAUGCCAUGGAACUUCUUGAGGCAUGCAAGGCUGCAAAAGAGGUGGAUGAAGAAUUUGUUUAUGAAUAUACAGUUGAUGAGCAUGAUAAGGUUGAGAAUGUUGCAUGGUCAUAUGGAGACAGUGUACGUGCAUAUGCAUUAUUUGGUGAUGUGGUUUAUUUUGACACUAGUUAUCGCUCGAUCACAUAUGGUAUGCUUUUUGGAGCAUGGCUUGGAAUUGAAAAUAAUGGGAAGAUUGUAUUUUUCGGUUGUGUUCUGUUGCAGGAUGAAACACCCCAUUCUUUUGUAUGGGCUUUGCAGGCUUUCAUCCGUUUUAUGAAAGGAAAAUGUCCAGAGACAAUCCUAUCUGACCUUGAUAUGGGACUUAAGGAUGCCAUAAGUAGUGAAUUACCCAGCACUAAGCACGUUAUUUCUAUGUGGAAUAUUCUACCCAAGGUAUAUAGUUGGUUUUCUCUUCCUCUUGGCACUCAAUAUGGAGAAUUUAAAUCCAAGUUUGAUGAGUUAUAUCAAAUUGAGAGAACAGAAGAAUUUGAACUUCGAUGGAGUCAAAUGGUUUCCAUGUUUGGCCUUGGUUCAGAUAAGCACAUUGCUUUGCUCAAUUCUCUGCGGGCAUCCUGGGCUCUAUCCUAUGUGAGAGGCUAUUUUCUUGCUCGAAUGGCAACAUCAACAUAUUCAAAGUCUGUGGAUGCAUUUUUGAAAGGAGUCUGCAGUGCACAGACAUGUUUGCGAAGCUUCUUUGAGCAGAUUGGCAUCUCUGCCAAUUUUCUGAACCAGACACAUCGAGAGAUGCAAUAUAUGCUCAUGAAGACUUGCAUACCUGUUGAAGGUCAUGCUCACGGUAUUCUCACCCCUUUUGCCUUCAGUGCUUUACAACAUGAAUUGGUCUUAGCUAUGCAGUAUGCUCUAUCUGAAAUGGCUGAUGGAUCAUAUCUUGUAAAUCACUUCAAGAAGAUGGAUGGUGAGCAUUUUGUCAUAUGGAUACCAGAAGAUGAGCAGAUCCACUGUUCCUGUAAGGAAUUUGAAUCUUCGGGGAUAUUGUGCAGACAUGCUCUUAGGGUAUUCAUACAGAAAAACUACUUUCAACUUCCUGAAAAAUAUUAUCUAAGCAGAUGGCGACAGGAUUGUUCUCUAGUAUUCUAUGAUGAGCAACUCACCCAAAGUAAUGAUGGUGUAUGGCUUCAAGAAUAUCACUCCCUGACUGAAACUCUAUUCAGAGAGUCAUCAAUCACAAAGGAGCGUUUUGACUUUGUUCAUAGAGAACUUCCAAAAGAAUUGACAAGGCUUCUCGGUGAGGUUAGACAAAUGCUGGAGAGUGAUGGAGUUGCUAUGAAUUUGACACUUUCACCAACCGAUUAGUUUAAAGUCUGGUGGUAGCUUUUAUGGUGAAAACCUUUAGGAUAAUAUAUGCCAGAGGUGAUGGAAAAUCCAAAAUGCAUGUGCAUUUUUAUUUCACUUUCAUGUAGAAGAGAAAUAUUUUCACUUGUGGUGACAUCAUUAUUAUUCGUCAUUGGUUUUCUUUCAUGAAAAACUACUAAAAGCUACAAAAUGUGGAUUGAAGCAAGUCACUAACCUAAGGUGCUAUACUAAGUAAAACAUGAGAGAUUUGAUUUGCCUGUGGAAAUAACAAAAAAAAGAAUACAGUUAUGACGUGCAUUUUGCUCUUUCCCUUAAUUUUUCCUUUCUCUUUUCUCUGUUCCAAACAUCAAGGAUUCUUUCAGAAAUUCAGUGUUUGAUUUUGGCUAUCCUGAAGAAAUAGACUACCUGUAUCGUACUUUCUCUGGCUUUAGUCAUUUGCGUUCUUGUAAUUGUGUAAGCUGUGGUCUUUGACUUAUACAAUAGUGAUAUAGGUGCCACUUGAAAGAAAAAAUUAUAGUUUUUGAUGAAAGGAUAAAUCUUGAAAGUUCCAACAAAAAGGUUACAAGAAAAAGAUUUUGGUGCCUCCCAAGGAUCGUUGGAGAUUCUCAGGCAUGUGUAAAAUUGUACUUGGCAGCUAGAGAGUAUAAAGACUUUCUUGUGACAGCUUCCUCAGGUAAUUUGUAUGAAUUUUCCAAUUGAGAAAGGGAAUGGCUCAUGAAAGGCUAGGGAUGGGAAGCAUGUUUGAACCAUUGCUGUGCUAAUAAGGUUGAUGCAUGAUAAUUUUGUAGAAAUGUUAUCUAUUUAUAGUCCGUCUCUUCUUCUAGGGCCCUGCUUUUCUUUCCUCCACAUUAACAGUUUGUGGCACUUCCGUUUCUGGACCUGAGUUUACCAAUUUAAUUCCCAAAGUGAAAUUAAUCUGAUCUGUAACUGUAAAUUGAUAAGACAGGGUAACAACUAAACUAAUUUAUAUAAAGUUCCACACUUCUUUUUCAUAGGUAUUCUCAUUGGCGGCUUUUUUUGCAUCAGGCAUCAAGCAUAAUUUUGACGGGUUUGAACCCAUAGUUUUUCAACUCUCUUCUUUUUCUGGAGCAGUGACGGUUUUUUCUUUUUUUUUUUCUUGUAUUCUUAGAUAGAUUUGUUUAUGUUGAAUCAGAUCAUAAUUUUCAUUUAGAAUUUGGUGUGCAUGGAAAUACUGAAGAAAUCAGCAAGUGCUUCUGACUUGUAAUCUGGCUUAAUCUCACUCAAAACUGUUGGGGGAAUAUUUGUUGUUUUGUACAUUAUGCAGAUGAUCAGAUCCUAUUGUCUUAAGUGCUUCUUACCAAAGUCUGGCGAAACUCAAAAGUUCAGUGACAACAUGUACUGCAAGCUUAACUGGUAGAUAUGAAGACCACGGAGCUCCACAAAAUGGAUUUCUCAGAGAAUGUACUUGUUCUAUCUACUGAUAGAAAAAAAGAGAGAAAUUUCAUUAGUGAUUUAACUUGUAUGCUAGUAUAUAAAGAGGAUGAGGUUCUUAUAUUGGAUAUAUGUAUGGCAAAAUCUUGUUUGAACUUCUUAGGUACUUCCAAGAGAAGAGGUGAAUGUAGUUGAAUGGGCUGGUCUUGAGGUAACACAACUGAAGGAAGCUGAACAGCUCUUAUUCAAGAUCAUAUAAAGAAGCUGAGACAUACUUGGCAGGAUCCAGUGCUCCUCGACCUUCAGUAUCGGACAUUAUGCGGAAUUCGGAGUACACCCUUCAACUUGAAGGUAAUAAAAGGGAUCAAGUCAUAAUGAUUUAGCACUCAUCACAUGUUAAUCAUGCCAUUAGUGAGACUAUUUAUCUUAUGCACAAGAAAAGUGAAGAAUUAGGGACCUUGCUGGUGUUUCUAUGAGCAAAGUUUCUGCACAUAUGGUAAGAGAGGAAUUGAAGUAUACUGGAGCAAUAUAUUCAUAAAAAGAAAUUCGUAAAAUGAGGUUAGAAUCAUAUCAUAUGCGGUUCAGAAUCCAGUUUGUUCGAUUAGCUUGAUUUUGUCUUGUGUUCAAACUAUAUGCUUAGAGCAUAUUUAUUAGCAUAACUGCUUGUGUUGUGUCACUGCUUGUUUCCCACUUGUGAUUUCUGAUCUUUCCUGUGAGCCGUGUACUCUUUUAUGUAAUCAGGUGAUUUUUCCCAUCA